AUAACUCAUGUGAAGAGCUUAAUAUCACACUUCCUUCCACUUCAAAACAUCACAAAAGUAUUAAAGAAACACUUAAAAACAGAAGAAAGAAAGAAAAAAACAACAGAAGAAGAAAUGGGUUUAAAAAUGAAAGAGAGAUCAAGAAAAGGAGGUUUUGUUGCGAUAUUGGUUCUAGUCUUUUGUUGCUUCUUCGAGAAUAUGACCGGGAUCUCGAUCGCUGUUUCACCUUAUGAACCAGUUACAAGUUAUAUUUCGGGAAGGUUCUUUGUUCUCCACAACAAAUAUGAGAUGCUGAAAUCGUUGCCAUCUUAUAAUGAGUACCACAUAAGACUCAACCUAGCGACAGUUCAAGUUUGGCAAACGAUAAGAAGCAGGUGUAGAGAUGGUUUCAUCACUUUGAGCAUCAAAUCAGUGCAUUUUUUCAUCUCAAAGCUUAUGCAAUAUAGAUAUUCAAUAUCACUUGUAACUCCAGUCUAUCACUCUUGGACGUCUCGAAUUAUUUUCUGGGUUACAUUAACACGAUCAGUCUCGUCAAUGUCUAACGACACCGCUUUAUGAUUUUUUUUAAUCUUCACACAAGGUGUGGUUGUUUUAUAUGUACGCAAACAUGUAAGUGACAUUUGGAUAUAUAAAGAUAUAGAAGACCUACAUGGUUGAUAAAAUAAUAUUUUGUCAACCAAUUGCAAAAAAGUUUAAUAUAUUAUUAAGUAUGUUAUUUUA